AUGUUCAGUUCAGGUCCAAACUAUACUAAAUUGAAGACAAAUUUGCGCUUGGCUGUCAACCGACUAAAGUUGCUCGAGAAAAAGAAAACGGAACUGGCGCAGAAAAUGCGCAAGGAAAUCGCGGAUUACAUCAGUCAGAACAAAGAAGAUAGGGCUCGAAUCAGAGUUGAACAUAUAAUUCGCGAAGACUAUUUAGUGGAAGCGUUUGAACUGUUGGAAAUGUUGUGUGAUCUGCUGCUGGCGAGAUUUGACCUCAUCCAGCAGAUGAAAACCCUAGACGAAGGUCUCGAAGAGGCGAUCAAUACGAUACUGUGGGCUGCCCCUCGACUGCAGACUGAGGUUCCUGAAUUAAAAGUCAUAUCGGAUCAACUGACGGCAAAAUAUGGCAAGCCGUUUUCCGAAGCCUGCCGUAGUAAUCAGUUCGCGAAGGUAAAUCAGAAGCUGUUGCAAAAGCUCAGCGUUCAUACUCCAUCGAAAUUACUUGUCGAAAAGUACAUGAUCGAGAUAUCGCGAAGUCACAGCGUGCCUUUUGAACCGGAUAAACACAUUAUUCGGGAGGACGAAGUUGCUGCAGCGGAGGCAAUGCUGAUUGACUUAAAGAAUCGUGGAGAGCAGCUCAGGUACGCUCAGAGGUACGAAGGUAGUUCAUAUUCUUUGACAGAUAUCCCACCCGUUGAUCCAUUUCACAGCCUUUUAUUCAUUUCGGUUUGCAUCCAUAGUUCAUACGUUUCAAGCGACGACUGCUGA